GAAAGCAAAUUCAGGAGGAGGACCAGUAGGAGAAGAAGAAGAAGUAGUAGCGGCUAAACGAUGCGACUAAUCCAAAAAACUGCACACUGUGGCCAGAAUAAGCCUGUUUAGCUUUAGAGAACGCCUUACUGGAAAUUGUGUAUCACUUCUACGUGUCGUCUGACAUCAAUCAUCGAAUCUGUUUUAGGCCUAUUGACGUCCUCUUCGACCACUCACUAUGGUGGACUACUACCAGAUUCUAGGAGUACGGAGAGAUGCAUCUGCAGACGACAUAAAGAAAUCGUACAGAAAACUGGCCCUGAGAUGGCACCCUGAUAAAAACCCAGAAAAUAAAGAGGAGGCUGAGAAGAAAUUCAAGGAGCUGUCAGAGGCCUAUGAAGUCCUAUCUGAUGUUAACAAGAGGAGCACUUAUGAUCUAUAUGGCAAAGAAGGGCUGACAGGGAGCACUCAAGGGCGAGGGAGCCACUUCCACAAUGGUGAUCAUUUCCAAGAACCUUUCACAUUCCGCAACCCCGAAGAUGUUUUCAGGGAGUUCUUUGGAGGCAGAGAUCCAUUUGCAGAUUUAUUUGGUGCAGAUCCAUUUAGUGAUGAUCCUUUUUUUGGCAGUGGCCGACGAAAUCAUAGUCGGGCAAGCCGAAGCAGGACGGGAGGCUCAUUUUUGGGCGGGUUUGUAGGUUUUCCUCCCUUUGGUACUGGCUUCUCACCCUUUGAUCCAGGCUUUGGUUCAUUUGGCUCCAUGAGCACUAUGGGUCACAUGGGUCACAUGGGUCACAUGGGUCAUAUGGGUCAUAUGGCAACAAUGGGUAGUCUAGGAGGUGGUAGCUUCACCUCUUUCUCCAGCAGCUCCCUUGGAGGAGGUGGAGGAGGAGGCAUGGGUAACUUUCGUUCUGUGUCUACUUCCACCAAGAUCAUUAAUGGCAGGAAGAUCACUACUAAAAGGAUUGUAGAGAACGGUCAAGAGCGGGUUGAGGUGGAGGAGGAUGGCCAGCUGAGGUCAUUAACCAUCAAUGGAAAAGAGCAGUUGCUACGACUGGAACAAAAGUAAAGAACCAAACGUUACCUCAGCACAAACAUACAAAGAGACUUGAGCUUUUCACAAAAUAUGGCAACAAAAAGCAAAAAGAAUUGUAAUUAUUGUGACUUAUUUUUUUUUGGAUGUACAUACUUAAUUCCUUUCAUGGUCUCUUCUGGCAAGACCAUGUUAUCUCCCACUUAACAUCAAUGGAUCUGGAUGAUGACUAUGCAUUUUUGUUUCAAUAAUUUUCAAUUGAAACUGACCUUGAAUUUUAGGUUGGUAUUGACACUUCAGUGUGUGGGACCACAAUGUUACUCAGACUACUAACCCUUCUUUUCCAAUAUUUUAUGUAAACAUUUUUUGUGAGACUUUGAUGGCUCAUUGCAUUCCAAAAAAAAAUUAACUUCUUUCCACCCUUGUAAAUAUUACAAAAGUGUCAAAUAAAAUUACAUAAUGCAGGUAGAAAAUAAUCAAAACAUCAUCCCCUCUUUUUAUUGCUUGUCUAACCUGGUCUUAAUUAGUGUUUUUUAUUAUUAAAUUCCAAUGCUGGUCUUAUAUAUUUUGUAUAUUUUAUUUAUUUAAUGAUGCAUGUAUACAUGUUGCUGUUAAGUCUUAAUGUUAAAGCUGCAUUAUUAUCCACAAAUAAUAUGUCAUUCUAUAAAUUAUACUGAUAAUGAAUUCAGAAGUUUAGUGUACUUUGUAAACCAAUAAAUCUAAGUUUCAUUCUGG